GAGUUCCAGCGGGUACAGAAUGUGGUAGUGAGGGAAAAGUAGCAAGAGCUUCGAGUCCUCUUCCGAAAACUUGGUGAAUUCUUCCUUAACCGUGUGGAUUUUUACUUCAUAUUACUUUUUUACAAACUACUCAGAGAACCCCAUUUGAAUUUCUUGGAAUUACACACAUAAAGGAAAUACUUAUUCUCGCAAAACGUGUCAUCCUGCAGCCGUGUCCUCAUGCCCUGCCCCAUGAGUGCUGCUUGGCCUGCUGAGCCUAGAGGAGCUGCUGCGUUUGUACUGGGCUACAGGCACUAAGGUAGCGGCGGGUCAUCAGAGGGACCCCAAACCAGGAAAGCAGGCGGAGGGGCCUGUUUUGUCGCAGCCAGACAAAGAUGAACAAACUGAACUUCCACAACAACAAAGCCAUGCAGGACCGUCGCUGUGUUUGUGUUUUUCUGCCCAAUGAUGACACUCUCAACGUCAUAGUCAAUGUGAAGACUCUGUGCCAAGAACUGUUGGUCCAGGUGUGUGACCUCCUGAGGCUGAAGGACUGCCACCUAUUUGGUCUCAGCGUCAUUCAAAACAAUGAACACAUCUACAUGGAGCUGGAUCAGAAACUCUCCAAAUACUGUCCCAAAGAAUGGAAGAGAGAAGCCAGCAAGGGAAUCGACCAGUUUGGACCGCCUAUGAUCAUUCACUUCAGAGCUCAGUAUUAUGUGGAGAACGGAAGGUUGAUCAGUGACAGAGUUGCCAGGUACUACUACUACUGGCACCUGAGGAAACAGCUGCUGCUCUCUCAGUGCAUCCAAAGAGAGGAGGCCUACUUCCUCCUGGCGGCGUUUGCCCUGCAGGCAGACCUGGGCAACUUCAAACGCAACAAGCACUUUGGGAAAUACUUUGAACCUGAGGCCUACUUCCCUCCGUGGGUGAUCGCCAAACGUGGUCGUGACUACAUCCUGAGGCACAUCCCCAACAUGCACAAGGACCAGUUUGCUCUCACGGCCUCAGAAGCUCAUCUAAAAUACAUUAAAGAGUGUGCCCAGCUCGAUGAUGUCACUGUGCACUACUACAGACUCUACAAGGACAAGAAGGAAGUCGAAGCCUCUCUGACGUUGGGACUGACUUUACGCGGGAUUCAAAUAUUCCAGAACGUGGGCUCCGUCAGGCAGCUGUUGUACGACUUCCCCUGGACGAAUGUGGGCAAACUGGUGUUUGUGGGGAAGAAGUUUGAAAUCCUCCCCGAUGGACUCCCCUCGGCUCGUAAACUCAUCUACUACACCGGGUGUCCCACCCGCUCCCGUCACCUCCUGCAGCUGCUCAGCAACAGCCACCGACUCUACAUGAACCUGCAGCCCGUGCUCAAACAAGUCCGACGGCUGGAGGAGAACGAGGAGAAGAAGCAGUACAGAGAGUCAUACAUCAGCGAUGCUCUAGAACUGGACAUGGAUCACCUGGACAAGCGUUCCCGGGCCAGUGGCAGCAGUGCAGGCAGCGUCUCUCACCAGAAACGUCUGUCCCGUCACUCCACCACCAGCCACGGCAGCUCACACACCUCCGGCAUCGAGACGGACAGCUUCAGAGCCCCAGGUCAGGCCCCGCACCGACCGUUGAGAACCUGCAGCUCCUCCACAACCAGCCACGGGAGCUCACACACAUCUGGUAUCGAGAGCAGCGGCAAGGAACGUGUUCUGGACGAUGACGAGAUUGAGAUGCUGGUGGACGACCCCAAAGAUUAUGAAGAGCUUCAUGAGAUGGUUCUAGACCAGGAGUUGUGCAUCCACAUCACAGAGGACAUGUUGACCAUGUCUCCUGAUCAGACUAACGGAUACUCUGGCCUGAUAGUGAAAGACAUCAGCUCCUCCACAUCCAGCUCCUCUGAGACGGUGGUCAAAAUGAGAGGACAGAGCAUCGAGUCUCUGCCGCAGACAUCAGUCUGCAGGAAGCCUGACUCCACUGACCGUCACAGCCAGUCUCUGGACGACAUCCGGCUCUACCAGAAGGACUGUCUGCAGUGGGCGGAGCUUUGCCAGGACACGGCUCACAGCUACACGUUCGGCUGCGCCCAGGAGCUGAGCGACGGCGGCGGGUACCAGGGUGUGAGCGAGCAGCGCGCCGGUAUGCUUGGUGACCAACACCCAUUCCCCAUCAAAAGAACCAACAAGUACUUCUCUUUGGACCUGACCAAUGACGAGGUGCCCGAGUUUGUGGUGUGAUGGACGCACGGGUGCCACAGAAUGACCUUUUUCACUCCUCAGUGUCAGGCGUGGAGAUAUUUCAGCGCUCAGGGAUGGAGACGACAGAGGAGUGUUGGAGAGACCGUUUCUAUUCUCAGCAGCAAACAGAGAAGAAGACUUAACUGGCAACAAGUUGCUGCCUCUUCAUUUGUCAAUUUUGACAAAUGAAACACAAUAAAGGAACAAAAAGAUUCUGACUGACAAUAUUUUUAAGAAAAAAAAAACUGUGGUUAAAAUGUAACCAGUAACCAAAGCUUUUCGUCCUUGUGUAAAGGGAAACAUAAAAAGGGAGUGUGUCCUGUUCCUGAGUGUCUGUGGGUCAGAGUCAUAAACAGGUGACGAACAUCUCUGUGGAGAAAACAAAAGGACUAAAUCACUAGCAGCUACAAACCAAAGACAGAAAAUGGAGAGUUUUGACUCCAGCCACAACUAAAACACAUGGACGAUGAAGAUGGACCAGAGUCUUCAGAGAGAAGGUUCCUGUUCUUAUGCCGCUUCACUGUAGCUUGCUGACUCGACAACGUGGACAGCGGGAGUAGAACUAGCCUCACAGACAGAAGGAAAAGUCGUGCAGAGCAUGACGUGCAGAGAAGGCAACACAAUUCACGGAGUUUUCAAGUUUUUGCUCUGCUUCCUGUCAGAUUCUGCAGAGUCAGGUGCAGAGAUUUUUGUGAUAGAGUGAACGUUCCUGUCAAAGAUUUCUCACCACACCUUCAGAAAACAACUUGGGAAAGUAGAAAUGGAAUGCACCUUAGGUGGCCCUCCUGUCUUAGACGGCCUGCCUAGGUUCCCAACACCAUGGAUUUCCAGGGAAGAUUGUGCAAAUAUGUCCUCAGUCUAAGGUCUUUCUGGAAGCCUUUUUUUCACGUUAUGCAGAAAAGUGCCUGAGUGCGUUGGUCAAAAGUGUUCUCUGGACGAGGAUUCUUCCUGUACUUCCUGGUGGAUUCUCCUCCUGAGCGUCUCUGUCCAGAGCCUGAUGCCUGUAGUGGGAACGUUCUACCCCAGCACCUGGUACUGGCUACUGGAGAACAAAUUGUGGGCUAUGGGUUAGAGUUCUAAAUCAGGUGAUGAGACACUCCUUGUGCCUUCAUCACACUAUGCAGGUUCAAACUCCCCCCCCCCCGCCCCCCCUGCCUUGACAAUCAGUCCAGCCUUGUCAUGACGACAUAAACCCCUAGAAUUGAAAACUUCAUCUCAUGACCUGAGAGUUUCUCCAUCAGCUCACGGCGUUCAUUUCCUAACGUAAAAACUAUUAAUCAGAACUGUUUUUAUUCCUCUCAAGUCUAACCGGUUGUCUCAGCGAGGAAUGAGGUCGAGUCAGUUCCUACGUGUCCAGACUGGAGUCAGGUCUGUGGUCGCAGAAGUUUCCCCUCCCCUGAACCAGACUGGAGACAGAUCCUGGGCUGGACUCCAGCCAAAACCACCCCUUCAUUUGGAUGCAUGUUUACGUCUGUCUGUUCGUCUUCCAGUGUCGUUCCGUUUCUUAUGUCUUCAGUUUUAAGAACAACUGGAAUUUGUUACCUUCUCGUUUUUUCUACAAUCCUUUCACACCUUUUUUUUUUAAUUAAAGACUGACUGACUGUCUCAUGUCCUUCAGUAUUACCUUCCAGAUCCAGGUGGCAGUAUUAACCAGUGAGCGGCUCUGACAGACUGGUUUCAUGAUGUUUCAUCUCACAGUCAGAUUAAAGUGUAGCCUGUGGUCGCUCGCAGCUUCUCUCCCGCUCUCAUUUUGCUCAUAUGUUACAUAUCAAAUUUCAACACAAUGCCACAGGUGUGAAUAAAGAGGGGAGGAAUUUGCAGGUUGAAACAGCAAAAGGCAGAUUUUUUAAAUUUCAAAUUAUGCAACCGCGCUUCACUUUUUAGCUUUAAACGCAGCCAUUAUGAGUUCUCUUAGCUUUCUGUGGGGUCACAACAGUAACGUUUACUCUAAGUUAUUAGAAGACUUUUUUUUUGCCUUGAUGCUAAGCUAAUGACUGAGGUCAUUUACUGUAAUUAUGACAUAAACAUUUGAGUUGCAGUGGUAAAAGAGACAUGAAGUGGUUGGAAGUAAAAUCAGUUAAAGUUGACCUGAAGGUUUUCUUCAACUGGUCCAAUUUGUAGAUUCAAAAAUACAGGUACAGAGGCAUUCAUUUUAGACGGUAGUAAAACAUUACUACCGUCGGGGCUAAAGUAAGUUGGCAACAGACCCCUCUUGCACAGUCACAGAGGCAACAACACGUUGGGAGAAAGCAGCAUUUUCAGGGUUCUAUAUCCUGUAUUCCUAAAUAUGUUACUUCACUGAGCAGAAGUGUUGUUUAGCUAGCUAACAGCUCUACAUUUACUUUUUAAACCAUCCUUUAGGGCUUUACUUUUUCAACCAGGUGGCGACAUCCAUUUGUCACAUACUAUGGCUGGUGUGCUCUGUAUAAAUGAUCAUUUAAUAGUGUGUCAGAAUGUCAGAUGGGUGCAUUUCACACAACACCGUGCCAUUUCUUUCACCGUGUAUUGUUUACACACUCAUCAGCAGAACUAAUUAAACAAAAACAAAAAUGAGUAAAUAAAAGUUGUGGUCAGCUGCCGAACAAUGUUUUUUAAAGACUUAUAUUUGUGUUUCGUAACAAAACAUGACUUUGUUAACGAUACUGCUAUUGUUACAAAACAAAUCAACUUUACUUCUUACACUCGGUUUCUCUCACUGUGUUGAACUUGUAUGUAUUUCUACUCAUUAAUGUCUUAAGUCACUUUUUGAUGGACAACGUUAUUUUUUCUUAUAUUGAAACAGUAUGUGUUGAGGUACAUAGCCAUACAUUCAUAACCCAUGACCUUAAAGUCUUCAUCUUACUUCUUGACUUCCAUAUAUAUAUAUAUAUAAACUGUAUAUGGUCAAACUUACACUCUGUGUAGUAAGAGGCUGUAUGUCUGUGUCCAUGAUCCUUUCUGUGAAAGGAUGACCGUUUCUGGAAAAAAAAAAGAAUUUGUCACCUUGUAGUAAAAAAAAAUGUUGUUAUGAUGAAGUCAUGUCUGUGCCUUCCUGGUACUAACACCCACAUUAUUCAAUAAAAGGUACAUUUAUCUACCAGA